AUGGCUGCUGCUGAGGACGGCGGGACAGAUCUGGCCACAGAACAACAGCCAUUGGCUAAUGGAGAUUCAACAAACCCUGCCCCAGCGAGGGACACACAUGCAAUUGAGGGGAGCGACAGGGGUCAGGAGACACAGAUACUUCAGUGCAACAAGUGUAACACAGGAGUUUUUGUCGCUGUUUUAAUCUUCAUCGCCAUCAUCAUUGUUCCAGUCUCUCUACAUUACUCCAGAAACCGUACCAAUGCUCAGAGGAAUAAUGGCACAGAUGCUGCAGAAGAGACAGUUGCUGAUGGAGAGACAGUUGUCGAUAAAGACAAUGAGACUGCUAGAGACUGUGAGAGACUGGUUUAUGUAUCUGACAGUGACGGCUCCUUUCAGUCCAGCUAUGACUCCUGUGCCAGCAAAGGAUAUGAACUACUGAAAGAACCAGAUAUAGAAACUGUGAAACUCUGCAUUCCCAAUAGAGAAGAUUUCUGGAUUUCUAGCCCAUAUGAUUGCAAGCAGUGCCGGGUGUACAACACUGAGGAUGGGGUGAGGAGUCUGGAUCCCACCACAAUUCGCCAUUUUCUCUGCGCUCCACAAGCAGCAAGUGUAGUAAUCAUCCUGCCAGGUCAAAAGUCAGACUCCCUCGUACCAAGAUACACUCUGGGGCUGAUUUACAAAUUCAAGCAGUAA